AUGAUCAGGCUCAAAAUGCAAACCUUUCUGACCAUUCUGCUGAUUCUGUCUACUGCGCAAUUCGUAUGCUCUAAUCCUUUCAAAGAAAUCUACAAGUGCUACAAGGAUUGGAGUCGCUGCACUCCAGCAACAGAGAUCUUCACUGGUGUGCUCUGGAAAGACUGUGAAGAUCGUUGCCGAUAUUGCUUGGGACGAGAAUCGGGAGAGUGCGUGGAGGCGGACGGCGGGAUUUGCAGCGGAGGAUAUCAGUGCCAGUGUACGGGUGGAGGAGUAGAGAAAUCAAACAAUCUGCUUGUUAAACUCACCUGCUUAGCUGGGCUGUGAUGAGUAUUUUGAAUUUGGUAAUACAAUCAUAAUUUUCAUUAUGAAAUAAACAUUUCAAGUAA